ACGAUCCGUGCUGCCACUAAGCCCAUGAGUGACUGUCUGCUGAUGCUGAGGAACGAGCGCUGGAAGAGAGUACGCAGCAUCCUCACCCCCUCCUUCAGCGCAGCCAAGAUGAAAGAGGCAAGACCCCCCUUCUCUCUUCCUCUUUUCACCCCUGUCCUCUUCUCCUCUCUUCACCCCUCUCCUCUCCCACCAUCUUCACCCCUCUCCUCUCCCACCAUCUUCACCCAGCUCCUCUCCCCCUCUUCAAUCUGCUGUGUGCAUGAAACCCAUGCACAUAUACUAUCAUAAUUAUACAGGCACACAUAUUUCUACCUAUACAAGCUUAUAUCUACAUGGAAGCCAUACACAUUCAUAAACAUCUACAGUGGGGAGAACAAGUAUUUGAUACACUGCCCUUUUGCAGGUUUUCCAGAAAUCCAGAAAAUCACAUUGUAUGAUUUUUAAGUAAUUAAUUUGAAUUUUAUUGCAUGACAUAUGUAUUUGAUCACCUACCAACCAGUAAGAAUUCCAGCUCUCACAGACCUGUUAGUUUUUCUUUAAGAAGCCCUCCUGUUCUCCACUCAUUACCUGUAUUAACUGCACCUGUUUGAACUCGUUACCUGUAUAAAAGACACCUGUCCACACACUCAAUCAAACGGACUCCAACCUCUCCACAAUGGCCAAGACCAGAGAGCUGUGUAAAGACAUCAGGAAUACAAUUGUAGACCUGCACAAGGCUGGGAUGGGCUACAGGACAAUAGGCAAGCAGCUUGGUGAGAAGGCAACAAAUGUUGGCGCAAUUAUUAGAAAAUGGAAGAAGUUCAAGAUGACGGUCAAUCGCCCUCGGUCUGGGGCUCCAUGCAAGAUCUCACCCCGUGGGGCAUCAAUGAUCAUGAGGAAGGUGAGGGAUCAGCCCAGAACUACACGGCAGGACCUGGUCAAUGACCUGAAGAGAGCUGGGACCACAGUCUCAAAGAAUCAAUAUCAAAUACUUAUGUCAUGCAAUAAAAUGCAAAUUAAAUACUUAAAAAUCAUACAAUGUGAUUUUCUGGAUUUGUCACGCCCUGGCUCUGGGGACUAUGUUAUGUUGAGCCAGGGUGUGUGAUUCUAUGUUUGUAUAUCUAUGUUGGCCUGAGUGACUCCCAAUCAGAGGCAACGAGUGUCAGCUGGUUGUCUCUGAUUGGGAGCCAUAUUUAACUGUCUGUCUUUUCACUUUGUGUUGUGGUUUCUUGUUCCGUGUUGGUUUGUUUAUGUAACCAAGGACGUCACGUUUCGUUGUUUUGAUCGUGUGAUCAUUCGUAUAAUAAAUAUGUUUGCUUUCAACGCUGCGCCUUGGUCCGCUUCCUGUAACGAUCGUGACAGAAGAAACCACCAUAACAGGACCAAGCAGCGUGAAGAAGAGAGAGGAUGGACUUUGGAGCAGUGGGGUGAGAGUCUGGCGAGAACGAUGGAGGCCUGGCCCACGGGGAGGAGAGACCCCCAGAAAUUUUUUAGGGGGGGCUCACGACGUCGGGGCAGCAGGAGGCCGCGAUAGAGCAGUCCAGCGGGUUGGCAGAAGAGGCCGCCAGGUUACGGGAGUCACUGGUCACCAGGGGGAAGGAGGUUGUAGAGGCACGGCGAGAGGUACUGGCGUGUGUUGCCAGUCCGGUCCGGCCUGUUCCUGAUCCCCACGUAGGGCCAGUGGUGUGUGUUCCCAGUACGGUCCGGCCUGUUCCUGCCACUCCCACCAAGUCUGUGGUGCGCGUCGCCAGCCCAGUCCGGCCCAUCCAAGCUCCCCGCACCAAGUCUGUGGUGCGCGUCGCCAGCCCAGUCCGGCCCAUCCAAGCUCUCCGCACCAAGUCUGUGGUGCGCGUCACCAGCCCAGUCCGGCCCAUUCCUGCUCCCCGCACCAAGUCUGUGGUGCGUUUCGUCAGCCCUGUCCGGCCCGUUCCUGCUCUCCGCACCAAAUCUGUGGUGCGCGUCGCCAGCCCAGUCCGGCCCAUCCAAGCUCCCCGCACCAAGUCAGUGGUGCGCGUCGUCAGCCCGGUCCGGCUCAUUCCUGCUCCCCGCACCAAGUCAGGGGUGCGCUUCGUCAGCCCGGUCCGGCCCAUUCCUGCUCCCCGCGCCAAGGCAGUGGUGCGCUUCGUCAGCCCGGUCCGGCCCAUUCCUUUACCCCGCACCAAGGCAGUGGUGCGCUUCGUCAGCCCGGCUCGGCCCAUUCCUGCUCCCCGCACCAAGUCAGUGGUGUGCUUCGUCAGCCCAGUCCGGCCUGUCCCUGCUCCACGCACCAAGCCUAUGGUGUGCGUCGUCAGCCUGGUAAGGCCCGUUCCUCCUCCACGCACCAAGCCAGGGGUGCGCGUCGUCAGUCCAGCACAACCCGUGCCUGGGUCAUGUCCGGAGCCGGAUCCGCCGCCGAGGCGGAGUGCCCACCCGGUCCCUCCCCUGUUGUGGUUGUUUGGCGCGGUCGGAGUCCGCGCCUUUGGGGGGGGGUACUGUCACGCCCUGGCUCUGGGGACUAUGUUAUGUUGAGCCAGGGUGUGUGAUUCUAUGUUUGUAUAUCUAUGUUGGCCUGAGUGACUCCCAAUCAGAGGCAACGAGUGUCAGCUGGUUGUCUCUGAUUGGGAGCCAUAUUUAACUGUCUGUCUUUUCACUUUGUGUUGUGGUUUCUUGUUCCGUGUUGGUUUGUUUAUGUAACCAAGGACGUCACGUUUCGUUGUUUUGAUCGUGUGAUCAUUCGUAUAAUAAAUAUGUUUGCUUUCAACGCUGCGCCUUGGUCCGCUUCCUGUAACGAUCGUGACAGGAUUUUUGUUUUAGAUUCCGUCUCUCACAGUUGAAGUGUACCUAUGAUAAAAAAUUACAGACCUCUACAUGCUUUGUAAGUAGGAAAACCUGCAGAAUCGGCAGUGUAUCAAAUACUUGUUCUCCCCACUGUAUAUAGCCAUGCAGAUUUAAAUAAUAUAAAUAAAUAAAUAAUAUGCCAUUUAGCAGAUUUCUACUUGAUCUGGCUAGUCACCAGAGUAGAAGGCCUUCAGUAGCUAGCAAUUUUUUCUCAUCUUUUCAUUUUUGUGGAUUAACCAGAAUCAUUAUCUUAAUAGAAGUUGUCUCCAUUUAGAGCCUGCCCAGCCCAACGAUUGAAAAUAGGUUGUUGACGUAAAAAUGUUAAAGAGAGUCAGGGGAUUUAAGGAAUAGCACGGGAGAUUGACGCCCGUAAUUUAGUCGGAAAAUGAUAGCUUGUCUCCAUCGAAGGCUUUCAAGCAUUACAUCUAAUUAACGUCUGAUAAACCAAUGUGAUCUGGUUAUCUCUCUUUCACUUUCUCUCUCCCUCUUUCCCUCUCUCCUUCCCUCCCCCCUCUCCAACUCCCCAUCUCCAUCCCUCCCUCUGUGCCUCUCCUCCUCUCUCUCGCUGACUUCUGUGUAUGGCCUGACAUUAUAAUAGUGUCAUUAGAACAAACAGUGGUUCUACUACUUUAUAGCGUGGAACAUAAUUACCGGGGCCUGUUGGAACAGCAUGUUUUAUGUGCUCGUUGAGUCCCCUCUACACUGAUACACUGACUCAGUGAUUGAGAGAGAUUGGUGAGCCUGCCUGCCUGCCUGCCUGCCUGCCUGCCUGCCUGCCUGCCUGCCUGCCUGCCUGCCUGCCUGCCUGUGACACCAGAGGCAGCAGCCAUGAACAGACGUCAGGAGCUGCUAUUGAAAUGAACUAACUGCUCUCAUAGCAUUAUAAAGACCAACCAAACCAAAGACCCUCUAUUCUCCAAGUAGCGUGUGUGUGUGUGUGUGUGUGUGUGUGUGUGUGUACAUCACACAGUUUCUCAGAACUAUCAAUAUAAAAGAGGAAGGCAUUGUUUUGAGAUAGCACCUCCUGUGCUGUAUAUAAAAGUCAUUGGAACAUUGUAUGCCUGUAACUGAUCGAGUGCAGGAUUUACACUGGAUGACAUAAUGCCAAGGCAUAAUGUAAAAUAGACACACUAGAAAUGUAACAGUAGGUAUGUAAUUAUCGUGUAGUAGGGUAGCGGUAGGUGGUCAUUUAGCUGGACCGUUAAUUGUGAUUAAGGCUGUGGUGGUAUGUUUCCACGGCAACCACCAGCGGUAGGCUAGAAGGAAACCACACACACUCAUCUGUCACGCUCCAGAUGCAGCUGAGUACACUCGCCUGAAGACAAACUGUUAGCGGAUAACCACUAAGGAUAAAGUGUUUAGGCUGAAAGUCAGUUAUGACUGUUUUUGUGUUUACACAUUGUCCCACGCAGGUAGCUUUUGUAAACGAUGAGUAAUUCCUGCUGUAAUUGACAGUUUGGAUUGUAUUUGUUACAUGCAAUCAGUCCCUCAAUUCGAGGGUGUACUCUGUGUGAAUGACAAUCAGUGUGUUUGUGUACACGUGGACUUUCUCUCACUUUCUCUGAGUGUGUGUGAUUCAUAUUCUGUACAAAAAAAGUUAAUAAAAGGAACAGGCUGGGAACUCAGUUAACAAUAUCAUUGAGAUUGGAGUUGCAGUCAGGGAGAGUUAAUGACUAGUUAUUGCUUUCUGUGUUUCUAUUUAGGAGUCACACAUUUCUCAAUCAGUCAACAUGUUUGUCUGACUCUGAUGUUAUGAAGCAAGGUUGUGUGAACAAUCAGGGUGUGUAUAGUGUAGUAAUAGGGCAGUGUUCUGAGCAGGGUUAUGUUAGCAACGUACCUACUUCCCUCAUACACACACGUCCAGUUAAUGAGUGGAGACAUGCUAAUUUUGCGCCCCACACACACACACACAGUCCUGCUCCAGAAUUUAGCAUGGGAGAAUGAGCCAGUGGCAUAGGACUGGCAUGAAUAUGAAUCAUUUACGAGAGCAUAAACCACUGACUUUACGAUCGCCACCAAACAAACGCUCAGACAACUGCUGAUCUGAAUUCGGUCACAUUACCCAGAUACGUUUUUAGUGAUGUCUGUUUUAGUUUACUGCUGUUUACAAUCAUAGCGCUCCAGUCUGUUUGCUGAGUGAGUGAGUGGACAGAACAGAUGGAGAGAGAGAAAGAACAGUUGUGACCGCUGCUGAGAGGAUGUGGUGGUGGUCUCUGGAUCAAUCUGCUCCUGUCUGAAGAGGGACAGAUAUGCUGUGACAGGAUACACUGUUGAGGCUCACUCUGUGAUAAGAGGAAGCUGUUGGGUCUAUCUAUCUAUCUAUCUAUCUAUCUAUCUAUCUAUCUAUCUAUCUAUCUAUCUAUCUAUCUAUCUAUCUAUCUAUCUAUCUAUCUAUCUAUCUAUCUAUCUAUCUAUCUAUCUAUCUAUCUAUCUAUCUAUCUCUAUCUCUCUCUGUGUCUCUCUCUGUCUCUCUCUCUCUCUAUCUCUCUCUCUCUGUUUCUCUAUCUCUCUCUCUCUGUCUCUCUCUCUCUCUCUCUCUCUCUCUCUCUCUCUCUCUCUCUCUCUCUCUCUCCUCUCUCUCUCUCUCUCUCUCUCUCCUCUCUCUCUCUCUCUCUCUCUCUCUCUCCUUUUUCUUGUGUGUCUGUGUCUGUUUGUGUGUCUGUCUGCCUGCUGUAGUCUGGCUAUGUUUGACUGACCAGUAGUCCCUGCAUAUCCUCUCAGCUGGCAGCGCCAUGGUGUAUAGAUUUUAAUUUGAGCCACCCUGCGCCUGUAGACGGGGAGGAUACUGCUCCUGUCAUAACCUAUCAGGCUGCUCGUGCUUCUUCAUCUGUCCUCCCUCUCUCAGGUCCAGACCCCAGUACCCUCUCCUCAGCCUCAGACUGACCAGUCUUAGCCCGAUUCUUAGCCUCAGGCCUCAUCCUUAGACUAGUCAAUUUUAGUUUAUGUUGGCAUAUACACUCAUUGGCCAGUUUAUUAGGUAUCCUGUUCACGAAAAUGGUUUGCUCCUACAGACAGUGAGUCACGUGGAGGCAAAGGGGGUUCCGACCCAGUACUAGAUGGGUGUACUUAAUAAACUGGCCACUGAGUGUAUAAGCCCCAGUCUUAGCCCCAUUCCCAUUCCCCAGCCAGUCUAUGAUGAUAAGGCUGGGGCUAAUACUAGUCUAAGUCUAAGGUUGUGACUAGGGCUGUGGCUAGUCACAACCUUAGACUUAGACUGGUCAAUUUUACUUUAUUUUUACAUGGAAGCUUAUAUAAACUUAUACUGGUCUUAGCCCCCUCUCCAGCCUAAUUAUUAGACUGGUCUUAUUAGCGUUCACAACCUUAUCCUGUGACUAGGGUUGCCCCAUCCCCGGCAUCCAACCUCAGCCUUAUCCUUAUCUUUAUGAAUUGUAGUUUAUUUUGACAUUAUAUUAACUUACAGAGUAGACUAUGCUCAAUAUUAUGCCCGAAGUGACAUUGAUGCCAAUGACGGUAGCCCUGCAUGUCACAGUCAUGUAACUGCUUCGGUCACAGCUCAUUGUACCCAUAAUGCUACAGCAUGUUUAUCCAUUAGUAUCUCCUCUUGUGGAAGGAUCUCAUUUCCCAUUUGAUCCCAGCGUGUAUUGAUCGCUGGGGAGGUGUAGCGUGCUGAGGCUGAGAGGAGAUGAGGAGAUGGCGAGGGUAGAUAGGGGAGAUGUGUAAACCUUGUCUAGAUUUCUCCCCAUCUCCGCAUCUCUCUCUCGCUUUCUCUCUGUGCCCUCUCUCCCGCUCCUCCUCAUCCCCAAAUCUUCUGUCAGAGCUGAGUGGCUCCUCUGAUUUGGUCGGUCACGCCCCCCCCCCCCCCCGACUGUGUCUCCUUUGCUGUUCAGUUUGGAUGGAGGGCUGAGAGCUGCUCAGGGGAGGCAGAUCUGUGGCAUGUUUGGCCGUUCCUCUGAGGACUGUGUGCGUGCGUGUGCUGUCUGAGGGGGAUCAGUAGACAGCGCUAAUGUCUGCUGCUCCCUGAUCACAGGUCCAGUGGAGGGAGAUGGAGCAGAGAGACCAACCUAGGGUAGAGCCUCACACUCAAGGCCUCUUUAUCACUCUCUCUCUCUCUCAAAGUUUCUCUCUCGCUCUGUUUCUCUCUCUCUCUUUCUCUCUCUCUCUCUCUUUCUCUCUCUCUCUCUGUUUCUCUCUCUCUCUGCUGUACUGGCUGUAGAGAAAGAGAGGGAGACUGCUGUACUGGCUGUAGAGAAAGAGAAGGAGACUCUGCUGUACUGGCUGUAGAGAAAGAGAAGGAGACUCUCUGCUGUACUGGCUGUAGAGAAAGAGAAGGAGACUCUGCUGUACUGGCUGUAGAGAAAGAGAAGGAGCCUCUGCUGUACUGGCUGUAGAGAAAGAGAAGGAGACUCUCUGCUGUACUGGCUGUAGAGAAAGAGAAGGAGACUCUGCUGUACUGGCUGUAGAGAAAGAGAAGGAGACUCUCUGCUGUACUGGCUGUAGAGAAAGAGAAGGAGACUCUGCUGUACUGGCUGUAGAGAAAGGGAAGGAGAAAGCGAGCAAGAUAUGAAGAGAGAGAGGGAGACGGCACAGCCCGGAAUAUUCUGGAACCCUGACACUCAGCAGUGAGACCUGGGGUUCAGAGGGUGUGUCAUAAUUUUUUCUCAUGUCCCUUUAGUAAAUAUUCCACUGUCCUUCCUCUCUGUGGUCAAAUAUGUGUUAGUGUCCUCAUUUUCUUUGAUAAGACGAGACUGGGAGUUGACCUGAGGAUUUGUUGUUUUUGAUAUUUGUACAUUUCUAAUAAGUUCUGUAUCUGAGACAUGUUGCUACUGCAGUAUAACUCUGUCUGCCCUGGAGAAGUUAUGGUAGAGAGAUAGUGUUCUUCUUGAGAUCUGUCUCUCUCAGUUCCGCAUUGUAACACAGCAAUCACCAUGCUCAGAAGAGCUCUUCCCUUAAUGAAUAAAUGAAUUAAUUAGAUAUCUGUUUGAUCCAUCAUCAUCAGGGUUCUUUUCCCCUUGGUAAUGACCUCUGUAAUGGCAAUGACUUUAAUGGGAUUUUAAUUGAUUCAGCUCCUCUCUUUGCCUCAUGGUGUCCUCACACACACAAACACACACACACUUUUCUGAGAGGGGCUGGAGGUGAGGAGGAGAGGAGUUGGCACCACACACACAGCAGCAGUAUCCCCUCCUGUACUUAUGACCAGGACUGAUUCAUUCAAGUGGACCACUUAACAUUCACCCCUGAUUCCAUCUCGCACAUUUGUCAGAUGAGUCUUGAUUUAAAAGUUUUUUUCUGCACAGGAAGAGAUGAAAAGGGAUAAUUUGUUUUAUCUAUAUUCAUAGGCAUAUGAUAUGAUAUUUUGCAGCGAAUUUGGGGGGUAGCCCGACAGAGACUUGAACCGGGGUCCAAUGACUGUCAACCUAAGACCUUAGUCGCUGCGCCAAGAGAUCCAAACCUCUUCAAAUGGUCCCUAGGUGUUAGCUUAACAUUAUGUUAGAUGAGUAUAGAAUGUAGAUGAUAAUGUUUCUGUCUCUGUCCCUGUGCAGAUGGGUCCACUGAUCAACAUGGCCACGGACACCCUGCUCACUAACCUGAAUGGACAUGUCGAGUCUGGAGAGAGCUUUGACAUUCACAGGUACUGUAACUACAGUAACUUUCCCUCUCAUAGGGGUCAUUAUAAGGAUUUUUCAUUCAUUGUUAUCCUGUAUUUUUCCAGACAAACAUGUUUGGAAAUCCAAUUCAAACGUCUACAACCAGCGGUAAAAUCAGAUGUUUAUAAUGUAAUAUUAAUUGUAUAAGGGCUAUAUAAUAUCCUCCACAUACAGUGGGGGAAAAAAGUAUUUAGUCAGCCACCAAUUGUGCAAGUUCUCCCACUUAAAAAGAUGAGAGAGGCCUGUAAUUUUCAUCAUAGGUACAUGUCAACUAUGACAGACAAAUUGAGAAAAAGAAAAUCCAGAAAAUCACAUUGUAGGAUUUUUAAUGAAUUUAUUUGCAAAUUAUGGUGGAAAAUAAGUAUUUGGUCACCUACAAACAAGCAAGAUUUCUGGCUCUCACAGACCUAUAAUUUCUUCUUUAAGAGGCUCCUCUGUCCUCCACUCGUUACCUGUAUUAAAAGACACCUGUCCACAACCUCAAACAGUCACACUCCAAACUCCACUAUGGCCAAGACAAAAGAGCUGUCAAAGGACACCAGAAACAAAAUUGUAGACCUGCACCAGGCUGGGAAGACUGAAUCUGCAAUACAUUUACAUUUACAUUUUAGUCAUUUAGCUGACGCUCUUAUCCAGAGCGACUUACAGUUAGUGAAUACAUCUUUUUUUUAUACUGGCCCCCCGUGGGAAUCAAACCCACAACCCUGGCGUUGCAAACGCCAUGCUCUAUCAACUGAGCUACAUCCCUGCCGGCCAUUCCCUCCCCUACCCUGGACGACCCAUUCCCUCCCCUACCCUGGACGACGCUGGGCCAAUUGUGCGCCGCCCAUGAGUCUCCCGGUCGCGGCCGGCUGCGACAGAGCCUGGAUUCGAACCAGGAUCUCUAGUGGCACAGUUAGCACUGCGAUGCAGUGCCUUAGACCACUGUGCCACUCAGGAGGUAAGCAGCUUGGUUUGAAGAAAUCAACUGUGGGAGCAAUUAUUAGGAAAUGGAAGACAUACAAGACCACUGAUAAUCUCCCUCGAUCUGGGGCUCCACGCAAGAUCUCACCCCGUGGGGUCAAAAUGAUCACAAGAACGGUGAGCAAAAAUCCCAGAACCACACGGGGGGACCUAGUGAAUGACCUGCAGAGAGCUGGGACCAAAGUAACAAAGCCUACCAUCAGUAACACACUACGCCGCCAGGGACUCAAAUCCUGCAGUGCCAGACGUGUCCCCCUGCUUAAGCCAGUACAUGUCCAGGCCCGUCUGAAGUUUGCUAGAGUGCAUUUGGAUGAUCCAGAAGAGGAUUGGGAGAAUGUCAUAUGGUCAGAUGAAACGAAAAUAGAACUUUUUGGUAAAAACUCAACUCGUUGUGUUUGGAGGACAAAGAAUGCUGAGUUGCAUCCAAAGAACACCACACCUACUGUGAAGCAUGGGAGUGGAAACAUCAUGCUUUGGGGCUGUUUUUCUGCAAAGGGACCAGGACGACUGAUCCGUGUAAAGGAAAGAAUGAAUGGGGCCAUGUAUCUUCAAGGGCAUUGAAGAUGAAACGUGGCUGGGUCUUUCAGCAUGACAAUGAUCCCAAACACACCGCCCGGGCAACGAAGGAGUGGCUUCGUAAGAAGCAUUUCAAGGUCCUGGAGUGGCCUAGCCAGUCUCCAGAUCUCAACCCCAUAGAAAAUCUUUGGAGGGAGUUGAAAGUCUGUGUUGCCCAGCUACAGCCCCAAAACAUCACUGCUCUAGAGGAGAUCUGCAUGGAGGAAUGGGCCAAAAUACCAGCAACAGUGUGUGAAAACCUUGUGAAGACUUACAGAAAACGUUUGACCUGUGUAAUUGCCAUCAAAGGGUAUAUAACAAAGUAUUGAGAAACUUUUGUUAUUGACCAAAUACUUAUUUUCCACCAUAAUUUGCGAAUAAAUUCAUAAAAAAUCCUACAAUGUGAUUUUCUGGAUUUUAUUUUCUCAUUUUGUCUGUCAUAGUUGACGUGUACCUAUGAUGAAAAUUACAAGCCUCUCUCAUCUUUUUAAGUGGGAGAACUUGCACAAUUGGUGGCUGACUAAAUACUUUUUUUCCCCACUGUACCGUAUUGUGUUGACUGGGUUGGUACUCUCUCCUCAGGUGUUUUGGCUGUUUCACCAUGGACGUCAUAGCUAGCGUGGCCUUUGGCACCCAGGUGGACUCUCAGAAGGACCCAAAUGACCCAUUUGUUCACCACGCCCAGAAGUUCUUCUCUUUCUCCUUCUUCAGACCCAUCAUGUUCGUCUUCAGUGAGUACUGUGGAGCCCUGCCUUAUUGCAACUAACUCAUCAUAGGCUUAGAAAUACUGUCUAGAAAACAACUAUACUACUACAAAAAAAUUAGCAAAAUGAAAGAGAGAAACAUUUUAAAACAGAAGUGUUAUGUUUUAAACAUAAUAAUACACACCAUUUCUCACAAUAUUGGACUCUAUAUACAGUCUAUAUUACAAGGGGCAUGUCCAAUGAACAUAUAUUGCAUUCCCUAGCUGCUGCCGUAAGUGGACUGACACAGACAGUAUUGUAUUUCUUCUUCUCUUGCUGUGUACAGUUGCUUUCCCAUUCCUGGCUCCUCUGGCCCGGGUCCUCCCCAACAAGAGGAGGGAUGAGAUGAACAACUUCUUCAUCAACUGCAUCCAGAAGAUCAUCAGACAGAGAGAUGAGCAGCCUGUUGAAGAGGUACAGUAUGUUUCUGAACUUUCCUAUUCUGUAAAAUCUUCUGCUCCUUUAUAAAAGAUGGGAAUGGAUUUGCAAUUAUGAAGGACUCUUGUUAUCUCUCCCUUCUCUCUUCUUGAUCUUUGAAUGUGUGUGCGUGUGUGUGUUCUCAUGUUUAUUUCACCUUUAUUUAUACAGGUAAAUCAGUUUAGAUCAAAAUCUUAUUUACAAUGAUGACCUGUCAAAAAAGAUCUAUAAACAGCCCAUCAAUAAACAACCCAUCAAUAAAAAAAAUCUAUAAACAACACAUCAAUAAACAAUAAUUGUGUUUGUGUGUGUGUGUGUGUAGCGCCGGCGAGACUUCCUGCAGCUGAUGCUGGACACGCGCAGCACCAAGGAAUGUGUGUCUCUUGAACACUUUGAUGUGGUGAACCAUGCCGAUGAACUGGCCCACACACACCACUCCGGGGAGCAAGAAAAUGGCGGCGUCGGCAGCCACGAGUCGCCCAACAGGCGCUCGGUCCAGACCCAGAAGAGGAUGAUGUCGGAGGAUGAGAUAGUGGGUCAAGCGUUUGUGUUCUUCCUGGCAGGGUACGAGACCAGUAGCAACACCUUGGCCUUCACCUGCUACCUCCUGGCUCUACACCCAGAGUGUCAGAGCAAACUACAGGCUGAGGUGGAUGACUUCUUCACCAGAUAUGUGAGUAUGGGGUUCUGGCUUAACUGUAUGCACCUUACGUUCACAAUCUCCUUCAUUUGUCCUUACAGUAUGUGUGCCAUGAUGGACUAUUGA